AUGGUGCUCCGCGAGCUUCAUGAGCAUGUGUGUUGGUCGUAUGCCACUUGGUUCUCCUCGCUAGCCCAGCUCAUGACGCACUUCCUCGAUGUUUCUUAUGAUGUUACAAAAACCGAUCUGGACAUCGACAAUCUCAAGGGCAUUUUCAAGAGCAAGGCUUGGAGUGACCUUCCUGCUAUCAUGAAGCUAAAGGGCAAUCCCAAUUUUGACUACAAGACGCAGUACUUCAUUCAGGAGCAGUCCAACGGCAACUACACGAUUAUCAAGCAUGUCUACUUGACAAAGCAGAGAUUCCCGCAAGCUAAGGUGGAAGCGUGUGCUACAGGCAAACUCUACGAAAUUGCUUGGGGUCACGGAAACAAGGUUGUUGAACGGAAAGCUCUACAGUGGAUGUUGGAGCAAACAGGCGGUUUGCAAUUCAGGCAGUUCUCCCUUUCGACAGAGAAAAAAAGGCCUGUAGCAUCAUCUGCUAUGGGCGCAACCUCUACCGAAGAUGACCAAGAUGCGGGAUGGGACUUUAUCUUGGAACACGGAGAGCGUGACAGAAGUCAGUUGAAGCAACUCCGGUGGAUUCACAAGAACAUCAACAGAGACGGCUCCCCCAUUCGUGGUUGGUCUGAAAAGCUGGUGCAGAAGGCAUUGGACUCCCUGGCAAACGACAACUGUCUGGCGAAACUCAUCACAAGGUAUGACCUUACUGUGCAGGACCUUCACCCAAACUUUGUGGAGAAUAUCUUUCAAGACGCCAUUGGCUUGCUGCUGGACCACAGCCUCUGGCUAAUGGGAGAGCCUGGGGUCGGGAAAACCCCCUUGGCUCGGAUCACUGCCAUGUUGUUUAGCAGAUAUCAUGGAGGAGACGGAAAUUUUCGCACAGCAGAAGAUUUUGAUUUCUUCCGUGGCUUGCACUUUGGUAAGUCUACUCCUGCUCUGUACGACGACGGAGAUGUAUCCCUCGAGCCCAUUAAAAAGAAGAAAGCGUUCUCUGAUGUUGGAAACAACGAAGGCAUCCUCAAGGAGAGGUGGACCGCUGCCAAAUUCGUCCAGGGCCAACUGCGUAUUGUCAUAGACAACUCGUAUGCCGAGCUGGAGGUGAAGAACCCAGACGCAGCAUCCAUCUCCCAUGACGACUUCGUGAAUAUGAUCAAGCCCGCCAUAGGCCAUAUUCCCAGCGCAGAUAUACUGGUGGAUGAGUGCAAGCCUCGCUUCAACAAUUACAAGAAGAAUGGUCCACCCCCAUGUGACUUUGAUGCCCGCGUUGCCACAGAAAAAGCUUGGCUCGAUGAAGCUCUUCGCGUCCAUUCCAACAAGCACACCUUGCAGAGGCACUACAGCAACAUUCUUCCGGAGACUGUCAUCAAGAUGGAAGCUUCUGAGUUCGAGGAAAACCACGCAGGUUUGGCAAUGAUGUGUAAUGGAGAGGCUCUGGAUGUGGAAGCGGACAGCCCGCCCCCGCGACCAGUUGCUGCACCAAUGACGCCUGAACGUAAGAUCAAACAUGAAAAGUUUGAGCAGGAUAACGCUACCUUCCUCCUCAAGAGUCACGCAUGGAGCACAUCUCUUGGUGCCAAUACUACCAUCGAGUUGUCGCCCCCGCAAGCCGAUCGUGCAGCAUCCUCUUCGCUAUCGCAGAACCCGAUUCCAACUCCGGCUAUGAGCGAUUCUGACCAGAUGGAUGCGGUAAAGUACAUCUGUGAGAAUGUUGCUGUUGGCCCUCGUGGUGUACGCAAAGAGCAAGCCAAAUGGAAGCGUACUCUCCUUCAACUACUCAUGGCGUCCAACAAGAAUAUCGUCAAGAUGCUGGUGGCGGACCGCAUUCUUCCGAAUUGGAAGAACAAGGUCUGUCCGAGAUGCGAGACAGGUACCUUAUCAGAGCUCAAGCUUCAUACUCCCAGCGGUCAAUACAAGCAUCGCUGCUCAUCCCGGGCUUGCCACGUUUGGAUCAACCCACACCAUCUGCACCAACUCUUUACUGACGGGCGUGGAACGGGGGCACAGAGUCUACAGAUGCAGAGCAGUCUCGUCUUGAUGAAGCUCCUGCGGGUUCCUCAUCCUUCCAUUCAUCUUCUUCUAGACAUCAACCACAAGGCAAUCGAGGACAUGGAAAAGCGUCUAUGCGAGCUUCGACGAGUAUUUGUUGACAAAGAGGAGAAGAAGAUUGUCUUCGGAGAUGGCAAGAAUUGGAAAGAUGUCGAAGCAGACGAAGCGACCUUCGACAAGCGCGAUAUCUCCAACGAGCUGGACUUCAAACAUCUCAUGAAGAACAAGAACACUACCAUCAUGUGGGAGCAAUGGGCUGGGUGUAUUCAGAGAGGACAUCCACAGUCAUUGGUUUUGCAAAGGCUUACUCCCAAGGUCAACGUGAAAAGAGCUCCCGGUCCAGGAGCUAUCCGUCGUGUAGAGUGGAAGCAGAUCGGCACGAAGCUGCUGAAAGAUCGUAACGUUGUGUUACAUACCGAUUCAGCAAAGUCAUACAAACUCGUCAUACCGGGAGUCAUUCACGAUCGCGUGGUCCAUUGCCGCAAGCGCGUUAAGAAGAACGGGAAGUACGUACACCUGGAUCCAUCCUAA